AUGGAGGCGGAGACGCAUCGACCUCACGAGGCGGCAGAAAGAUCCAAAGCCGCAGAGGAGCGAAAAAGAACGGAAGAGGAACGGCGGGGGGUUGAUGACGCAGAGAGGGCCAGGUUGGAGGCAGAGGCGGACAAACGUAAAGAGGAGGAGGCGCGUCGUGCAAUUGAGGUUGCUGAGAUGCCGGCGCUGGCAGCAGAGAAACAAACACUGGCGCUGGAGGAAGGAGUAGAUGCCCGGCGUGCAAUAGAGCAGGCAGAGAAGGCGACAGCAGUAGUGGAGGGAACGAGAGCGGGAGAGGCGGAGGAGAGGGUCAGGACGGAGGCAGCAGCGAUCGUUCGCAGAGAGGAAGAGGCGCUGCAUGCUAGAGAGGCGGCAGAGAGGGUGAGGGCCGCAGAGGAGCUCGUGAGAGAGAGGCAGGAACGUCUGAGGGCAGAGGCUGCAAAUAGGGUGAGGGCCGAAGCAGCUGAAGUGGUUCGUAGAGAGGAAGAGAAGCGGCGUGCAGGAGAGGAGGCAGACAAGGCGAAGGUCGUAGAGGAAAGGAGGAGAGCGGAAGAGGAACGGCAGAGGGAAGAGGCCGAGGAGAGGGUCAGGACGGAGGCAGCAGCGAUCGUUCGCAGAGAGGAAGAGGCGCUGCGAGCUAGAGAUGCGGCAGAGAGGACUAGGGCCGCAGAGGAGCUCCUGAGAGAGGGGCAGGAACGGCAGAGGGCAGAGGCUGCAGAUAGGGUGAGGGCCGAAGCAGCUGAAAUGGUUCGUAGAGAGGAAGAGGAGCGGCGUGCAAGAGAGGAGGCAGAUAAGGCGAAGGUCGUAGAGGAACGAAGGAGAGCGGAAGAGGAACGGCAGAGAGAAGAGGCUGAGGAGAGGGUCAGGACGGAGGCAGCAGUGAUCGUUCGCAGAGAGGAAGAGGCGCUGCAUGCUAGACAGGCGGCAGAGAGGGUGAGGGCCGCAGAGGAGCUCCUGAGAGAGAGGCAGGAACGUCUGAGGGCAGAGGCUGCAGAUAGGGUGAGGGCCGAAGCAGCUGAAAUGGUUCGUAGAGAGGAAGAGAAGCGGCGUGCAACGGAGGAGGCAGAUAAGGCGAAGGUCGUAGAGGAACGAAGGAGAGCGGAAGAGGAACGGCAGAGGGAAGAGGCUGAGGAGAGGGUCAGGACAGAGGCAGCAGCGAUCGUUCGCAGAGAGGAAGAGGCGCUGCGUGCUAGAGAGGCGGCAGAGAGGGUGAGGGCCGCAGAGGAGCUCGUGAGAGAGAGGCAGGAACGUCAGAGGGCAGAGGCUGCAGAUAGGGUGAUGGCCGAAGCAGCUGAAAUGGUUCGUAGAGAGGAAGAGAAGCGGCGUGCAACAGAGGAGGCAGAUAAGGCGAAGGUCGUAGAGGAACGAAGGAGAGCGGAAGAGGAACGGCAGAGGGAAGAGGCUGAGGAGAGGGUCAGGACGGAGGCAGCAGCGAUCGUUCGCAGAGAGGAAGAGGCGCUCCUGGCAAGAGAGGCUGCAGAUAGGGCGACGGCGGCAGAGGAGCUCCUGAGAGAGGAGCAGGAACGUCAGAGGACAGAGGCUGCACGAAGGAUGAGGGCGGAAGCAGCAGCAAUGGUUCGUAGAGAGGAAGAGGCUCGGCGUACAAGAGAGGAGGCCGUACAGGAGCUAAGGAGAGCGGGGCAGGAACGGCAGAGGGAUGAGGCUGAGGAGAGGGUCAGGACAGAGGCAGCAGCGAUGGUUCAGGCGAAGGCCGCAGAGGAGCGAAGGAGAGCGGAAGCAGAACGGCAGCGUGCAAGGGCGGAGGAAGAGGCGCGGCGUGCUAAAGAGGCGGCAGAGAGGGUGAGGGAAGAUGCAGAAAGGGCCAUGGUCGCAGAGGAGCUCUUGAGAGUUGAGAAUGAUCGGCUGAGGGCUGCGGCUGCAGAGCGGAUGAGGGACGUGGCAGACAUGUUAUCUCGCAGAGAGGAGGAAGAGCGGCGUAGACAUGCGGUAGAGAGGGUCAUGGGUGAGGCAGAGGCGAUUAUACGUAGAGAGGAGGAGGAUCUGCGGAGUGCUGAGGUCAGGCUUCAGUCCGAGGCGAUACAACCCAGUGCGGAGGAAACGCGCAUUGCCACGACGGCGGCUCGCCGAACGACAGAGGUCCCUCGGCAGAAUGCAGAUCUUGAAAUGGGGGUAGAGAGUGUUACAACAUCGACAGAGCAUGAGAGAUUGGGCGGGGAACAAGGAAGAACUCAAGGGGAUGAUAUGAGAGCUGCUGAGCUUGAGGAGAUGCGCCGUAGAUGGGUGGAUGAAUUGGAGUCUCGCCAACGACGCGAGGAGGCAGCGAGGAGGAGAGCUGCCGAUGAGCGGGAGCGAAUAGAACAUGAACAGGAGUUGGCAGAAGCUGUCGAGCGGCUGAGGGCGCAACGAGAACGCUGUAGAGCAGAGGGGGAGCGGGAAAGGCAACAUGCUGCAGAGAUGGCAAGGGUAGAGGCCGAAGCGUUGCAACAGAUACUGGCGGAGGACGCUCGGAGCGCACGGGAGGAGAAUGAACGGGAUAGUGCGGUCGAAGUGCAAAGAGUAAACGCGGAGACAGGAACUGCAGGGAAUGGGGGAAUCACAUCUCGUGCGUCUCAGGCUUUGGAUGAUGCGACAGUACGGGCAAUCGCCGAGGAUGAGCAACGGUUGGCAGACGCUGAACGGGAGCGUGAGGCAUCUGCAACUAGAGCGAUGCAAGAGGUUGAGCACAUGCGCCGUAGGUGGGACGAGCAGGUGGUCACGCGACGAGCAAGAUUGCAAACAGAGAGGAUGCGGGUGGAGCGGGAAGAGAGGAUGGCGGAGGCGGUGGCAGGUGAUGAAGUGGCGAGGGCUACGCGUGAUGCGAGUGAUCAGUUUCGCAAUACCGGCCGCGAUAGUGCUCCGACGCAGAGAGAACGAGAGUGGGGGGAAGCCGAGAACUUCGUACGGCAGAACGUCAUGCAAGGAGCGGCCAUAUUAGAGGAGACUGAUGAUGGGUUUGUAGAGGCGGGAACAACCGGAGUUGGUGGAGGUGUGGCCGGAGUGGCAUAA